CUGCUACGUCAUCACAAGCACGCGCAGGAAAGAUGGCGGCGGCGGGUGUUGUGAGCGGGAAGAUUAUAUAUGAACAGGAAGGGGUCUAUAUUCACUCAUCUUUUGGAAAGACCAGUGACCAAGACAGCUUGAUUUCAGGAAUAUUACGUAUUUUAGAAAAGGAUGCGGAAGUAAUAGUGGACUGGAGACCAUUGGACGAUGCGUUAGAUUCUUCUAGUAUUCUCUACGCUGGAAAGGACUCCAGUUCAGUCGUAGAAUGGACCCAAGUCCCAAAAGAAAGAGCUCAUCGAGGAUUGGAACAUCUGAACAGUUACGAAACAGAGUGGGACAUGGUUAAUACAGUUUCAUUUAAAAAGAAACCACAUACCAAUGGAGAUGCUCCAAGUCAUAGAAAUGGGAAAAGCAAAUGGUCAUUCCUGUUCAGUUUGACAGACCUGAAAUCAAUCAAGCAAAACAAAGAGGGUAUGGGCUGGUCGUAUUUGGUAUUCUGUCUAAAGGAUGACGUCGUUCUCCCUGCUCUGCACUUUCAUCAAGGAGAUAGCAAACUACUGAUUGACUCUCUUGAAAAAUAUGUGGUAUUGUGUGAAUCUCCACAGGACAAAAGAACACUUCUUGUGAAUUGUCAGAAUAAGAGUCUUUCACAGUCUUUUGAAAAUCUUCUUGAUGAACCAGCAUAUGGUAUAAUACAAAAAAUUAAAAAGGAUCCUUAUACAGCAACUAUGGUAGGAUUUUCCAAAGUCACAAACUACAUUUUUGAUAGUUUAAGAGGCAGUGAUCCUUCUGCACAUCAACGACCACCUUCAGAGAUGGCAGAUUUUCUUAGUGAUGCUAUUCCAGGUUUAAAGAUAAAUCAACAAGAAGAACCAGGAUUUGAAGUCAUCACAAGAAUUGAUUUGGGUGAACGACCUGCUGUUCAAAGGAGAGAGCCAGUGUCAUUGGAAGAAUGGACUAAGAAUGUUGAUUCUGAAGGAAGAAUUUUAAAUGUAGAUAAUAUGAAGCAGAUGAUAUUUAGAGGGGGACUUAGUCAUGCAUUGAGAAAACAAGCAUGGAAAUUUCUUCUGGGUUAUUUUCCUUGGGACAGUACCAAAGAGGAAAGAACUCAAUUACAAAAACAAAAAACUGAUGAAUACUUCAGGAUGAAACUACAAUGGAAAUCUGUCAGCGAGGAACAAGAGAAGAGAAAUUCAAGGUUAAGAGAUUAUAGAAGUCUUAUCGAAAAAGAUGUUAACAGAACAGAUCGAACAAACAAGUUUUAUGAAGGCCAAGAUAAUCCAGGGUUGAUUUUGCUUCAUGACAUUUUGAUGACCUACUGUAUGUAUGAUUUUGAUUUAGGAUAUGUGCAAGGAAUGAGUGACUUACUUUCCCCUCUUUUAUAUGUGAUGGAAAAUGAAGUGGAUGCCUUUUGGUGCUUUGCCUCCUACAUGAACCAAAUGCAUCAAAAUUUUGAAGAACAAAUGCAGGGUAUGAAGACCCAGCUAAUUCAGCUAAGUACCUUACUUCGAUUGUUGGACAGUGGAUUUUGCAGUUACUUAGAAUCCCAGGACUCUGGAUACCUUUAUUUUUGCUUCAGAUGGCUUUUAAUCAGAUUUAAAAGGGAAUUUAGUUUUCUAGAUAUUCUUCGAUUGUGGGAGGUAAUGUGGACUGAACUACCAUGUAAAAAUUUCCAUCUUCUUCUCUGUUGUGCUAUUCUGGAAUCAGAAAAACAACAAAUAAUGGAAAAACAUUACGGCUUUAAUGAAAUACUUAAGCAUAUCAAUGAAUUGUCCAUGAAAAUUGAUGUGGAAGAUGUACUAUGCAAGGCGGAAGCAAUUUCUCUACAGAUGGUAAAAUGCAAGGAAUUGCCACAAGCAGUUUGUGAGAUCCUGGGGCUUCAGGGCAGUGAAGUUACAACACCAGAUUCAGACAACGGUGAAGAUGAAAAUGUUGGCAUGACUAGUUGUCCGACAUCUGCAUUUCAGAGUGACUCCUUGCCUGUGUUUGCUGCCAGUGGAGCCAGAGAUGACCACCCAACUGAGAUAUCUGUGCCCCCAGAUGUCAGCAGAUUAACACCUGCAUGAUCAUUCUUCUUGCUUUUUGAAGAGAGACUUUGUUGCAACUUUGUUUUCAAGUACUUGAAAGGUGGAAACUUAAAAUCUUGGUAUUGAUCCUGCUUUAAGGCUUAUGGAAAGAAAGUGUACUAUGUGCUUGCAUUAAAGCUUUACAAAGACUUAAACUAAUUAUUUUUGUAGUUACUUCUACCAAAUAGCCUUUCCUUUUCAAUAACAUUCCUUAGUAUUUUUAUAGCUACGUACAUUUUAUUUUCUUGCUGAUGAACUGGAAUUGGAUAAAUAUUACAAGUGGAUGAGUUGGAAAUUAUGCACUUUGAAAACAUUCGCUUUUUUACUCCAAGUUCAGUGGGUUUGGAUUUGAUUAAAUUAAAUGUUGAGCCUUUCUAUAGCAUUCUAAGCUGAGAAGUAGAUUGUUACCCAGUGACGAAAUAAAAGAAUUUGUUUUUCUCUUUUGUUUACAGCAGUACUCAGCCUAAAUAUUUAUGCUGGUUGAAUGUGAUUUAAAUUGGACAUUUUCAUCAAUGCAAUUUAAUGUGUAGAUAAAGAGCUAUUUCAACCAUAGUGGAUUGGCAGUAUAUUUUUUACAUUGAACUUUUCUUCACUUGUAUAUAAAGAAUGUAUAAGUACUUAUUUAUGAGUAUAAGAAAGGAUAGGCAUAUUUUCUUUAACUGAAUAAACUUGACUGUUGAUUUAUAUAACCUGAUUUCACAAAGUUAAUACAUAGCUUCAAUAUGAGAUCUUUUUCAAAACUAUUUUCUUAACCAAACAUUUAUUUCACGAGACUACAUUCAGCCCUGUACCUGGUAUAAUUUUCAAGUUAAUUGCUUGUAGUCUCACUUUACUAAUAAUGUUUACUAUCUUUCCUAAUAAUGCAUUAACUGAUUAAUCAGGUCUUUAAAUUUUUAUGAAAUACUCUUUACAAAAACUUACGUGAAAAAUUUCAAUAUACCAUCAUGAGUCUCAAAAUAAUACUUUUUUGUAUAUGAAUGAAGCUGUUGUUUUUACCAUGCAGUGUUGCAUGAUUUUAAGUUAUGUGUAAUUAACAUAACUGAUUCCAUUUUAAUUGUAAUUUGUUAACUUCUGUACAUAUCAUUAAAAUAAAUUUGAAAUUGAAGUAGUGUUUUCAGUUAAAUUACACUAGAAAUAAUCUGCUGGUUCUUCAUCAGAAGAAAAAAAUCCAAGAUGGACCCCAAUUUAUCUUAUAUUUUUACAUGAUUGUAACAGUCAUUUGAAUGAAUUAUGGAAAUAAGCAAGAAACAUGACCCUUUAUAUAACUGAAGAGACUUUUCAUUGGCAUGACAUUGGGCAUAGUGUUGCCCUGGAGGACAUAAUGAUCUGAAUCAGUAAAGCAGCUUCCUACGGUUGAUGUUAGUAAUGUAAAAUAAAAGUUACACAGUUCUAAAAUGGUCCAGUAGGUAAAUUUUUUUUCCCCCAGAGAGCUAGGAGACCAAACGAACUUUUUUCUUACUUGAGCAUUAACUGACAAUCGUGACAGUAGAACCAUUAGAUUUUUAGUUUUUAAUAUCAUAUGUGUGUUAUCUUUCAUCAGUUAAUAAUGAGUAAGCCUAUUCAGGGGAAAAAAAAGUAAACUGAUCAAAAACUCAGCAUCUCCAGCCUUUCAUUUCCUGCUGUUCAGGAAAUUGCUGAGAACAUCUUGAUGUCCUUCUUGUUCUUCCUGGACCGGGGCUUUGAGGGAGUUUUUUUCUACUACGUAAUAUAAUAUCUACUUCAGAGUUUAAAAAAAUCUUAAUACAUUUAGUAAGUUGAACUUUUGUCAAGUUCUCUAUUAUUAAAGCUGCUUGUUAAAAACACUUUUACUAAACAGUCUGAAUUUUUCUUUAACCCAUUUUUUAUAUGGAAAUGAUAAUAAUAUAGCACUAAGUAAAGUCUUAUUUAAUCAGAGUCCUCAAAAUCCAGUCAGCAAAUACCAUGUAAACUUGAGCUGUUGAUAUUGCUGAAAUAGAUAGUUCAGGUAAAUGUCUUAGUCUAACUUUUUAAAGGUUUGUUUAUUUCAGUUUUCACAAGAUGCUCUGUCCAUGCUGAUAAUAUGUAAAAUAUCGUGUGCUGUAUUAUGUGAUAUUUAAAGUUAAAAUUCAAGUAAUUUAGCUAUAAGAAGUAUUUUCAAUUCUUAUAGGAGUCUAUGGGAAACCUUUUGGCAUUGGAGAUCAUUCCUAUUUUGAUUGUUUCACAUGUCUAGGAUUCUUCAUCUCUUUAUAGUUUUAGAAAUUUGGUGAUGACUAAAGCUCUUUUGAGUAAGGAAAACAACUUUUUGGGAAUGCUUGUGAUUCUUGCUGAACCUGACCUUUCCAAAGGUUUUUAUGGAUGCCAACUAAUUCUUAUGGGAAAUUGAUAUAUUUAUGUCCAUUAUUAAAGAUACUUUGUAUAAAGUAACCCAAAAUGUUUAUUGAAGAACAUGGAAUUUUACUUCACUUCUGUGUAACUAUGUAAUAAGGUGACAUCAUUCCAGCUUGGAUUUCUUUACUUGGGGUUUCAGAAGAUGUGUGAACCUUUUAUUGUAUUUGAAAUCUUGUGUACAUACACUCAUUUUGGUGGAGAGGUCAUAUAGUUUCUCAGAAGUUUCUCUGAUUUUCCCCAAAAGUUGAAAACCAUUGUUAUAAAUUAUAUAAUGUGAGGAUAAUAAUGUAAUUUGACCCAUGCUAAUGAUUUUAUGGGCUGAACCUCCAUUAAUUAAAAUAUCUUCAGAGUUCUCAUUUCCAAGUUCUUGGUCUGUAUGGUCAAAAUACAUGUCCAGGCUCUACUUCAGAUCUACAGAAUCAGAAUCUUCGGAAGUGAGGUUAAGGAAUCUGCAUUUUAACAGGCAUCCAUGUGGUUCCUGAGCCUCCCUGAAUUUAGAGAGCUGCCAUUAUAUAUUGUAUUUCAUAGUUUAACAUUUUGACUUAUGGUCAGGUAGACAAGUCCUUAAGUUUUUAGAAAGUAUUUCCUUGAUUUUCUAUGGUGGAUUUACUCUAGUUCUGGUCACUAUUUUUAGUAAAAAGUGAUGACAGUCAUCUUAGUCUAUUUUAUGUAGGUUCCCUUCCAUCCUUAUAUUUUGAAGAGAAACUUUCAGUAUCAUUUUAUUUGUGAGCAUGAAACAGGAUUAAACUUGAGAUGAAUCUGAAAGGUUUCCAUCAGAAUCUAAUGUGAUUAUCCAACACUAAGCAUCUGUAUUUGUUUGUAUUUUUAAUGUGAAUACUGCCAUUUGAAUGAUACAAUGUAUUUGGCCUCUUCUCCGUUUGUGUCCUUAUAAUGUGGGAGUUUUAAGUUGUAGAUUUUUGAGGAUUGUUCUGAUUACAAAUAUUUUUCUCACUGUUUUAUAAGUAGACUCCUAUUUUUCAGGUUAUCUGUCUUAGGGAAAAACUGUGUCAUCCUUAGAUGCAAAGGUGGGGUGGGGUAGGGCAGUGUGAUUGGACAUACUUGUAUAACUUUUGGGAUAUCCAAAGCGCUCUUUUAGCCCAUGGGAAACUGCAUUGUUAACAAACUCAGUGUAAAGAAAAACUGAUUGUAAUCUAAGUCUUUUUCUAAGAACUAUCAGGAAUCAGAAAUAUCAUUUUUGCCUAAUGUAGUUCAAUCCCUGAAGUUAGAAUUGAAAUGUUAGAAUAAUUGGUCAACUGUUAAAUAUGUUUCUCCUCAAAUAUGUGUGUGGUAUAUUGUUCUUCACAUCUCUCUAUGUGUAAAAGUAGGAUGAAAAGAACAAAUUCCAGUAAGCUUAGCUGUGAUCAAUGAGCAGUCCAGUUCUCUUUCAGCUUUUUUAAUUAAGAAGAUGUAUUAACUUCAGAAAUGGGCUUUUGCUUUAACAGUCAAUAAUAGAUAUUUCCAACAUCGCACUAGUCUGGAGGCACCAGACCCAAUGGGUUAGUAGACUGCUUAAAAAAAAAAAAACUAUAGUUGAUUUUAGAUUGCUUUAGAUGUUGUAUGGCCAGAUUAUACAUCUCUUUUCCAUGAGUGUCACAGGCUCAUUUUGCAAAGCAAAUUCUUCUCCAGUGGAGAAGCCAUCAAGGUGCUGCUGAGCGCUUAGCAUUUACACUGCAUGCCACUGUCCCUGUUCGGCACAGUGUGCAGGAUACAUCCAAAGAAAAUUGGGAUCACAUGCUUUUUGUUAACUGAAUCGUGUUAAAUGAGCCAAGUGGAGUAUUUGCUGACUAGGAAGUCAUUAGCAGUUAACAGCAUCUAACCCACAUAGACGAUGCAAAGACUUAAAGUUUUCCAAAUGAAAUUUAUUUUUAAACUCUUAAUAGAAGUGAUGCUAUUACAAAUACACAGAUGUUCCUAUACCCUCCUCCCCCCCUUCCAAAAUUCAAGAUACUUUUUUUUGUAAGUUAACCCUAAAAAUUUUGUUAAAUUCUUCAAUUUAAAUGCAACUUCUGAAUCACUUUGGGAUAUUUAUUCUCCUUUGGUUCACAGAGUUUUUAAGGAUUCUACAUGUAGGCUAAUGAGAAGGGGAAACCCUGUCUGAUAGUUCUCAAUAGCUUGCUUCACACCUUGUUAUCUGUUUUCCAAACCAGCCUUUUAAAUUACCGUUUAGUAGGACUUGUCCCAAAGUUUUAUUGGUUGGUGAAGAUCGAGGGGAAAAGAAUCCCUUUCGUUGACAUUUCAUACCUAAGAAGAGUGACAAAACCCUAGCUUCAUAAACUACAGCUUAUGGAAUGGUUGGGUUAAUCUUGACAGAGCUACAUAUUUACUUAGGGAAGAACUUUAAGGAAUAAGGUUGUUUCAGCUGAGGUCCAGCAAAUUGAAUUCAGGUGACAGAAUUCUGGGGCCAUCUGCUUCAGCAGAAUCAUUUUUCCUAACCUGUUCCCUUGUUCCUAACGACUACAACUGAUUGAUUCCAGACAUGAGAAUCUACCCCCUGCCCUUCUCUCUCUCUCUC